AUGGGAGACUGGAGCUUCCUUGAAAAGUUGUUGGACCAAGUUCAGGAGCAUUCCACACCUAUUGGAAAAGUCUGGCUUAUGGUGCUUUUUAUCUUUCGUCUUUUGAUCCUAAGUCUGGCAGGAGAGUCAGUGUGGGGGGAUGAGCAGUCAGACUUCAUCUGCAACACUAAACAGCCUGGUUGCACCAAUGUUUGUUAUGAUAAUGCCUUUCCUAUUUCCCAUGUCCGAUACUGGGUUCUACAGUUCCUCUUCGUCAGCACACCCACUUUAUUCUAUCUGGGACAUGUGGUUUACCUGUCUAGAAGGGUACAGAAGCUAAGGCUAAUAGAGAAUGAACUAAGGUCUUUAGUUGGAAAAGAUCAGAAUAUGGAACAUGCCCUAGUUUUGAUAGAGAGAAAAUGUCUGAAAUACUGCAUUCAAGAAGAUGGCAGUUUGAAGCUCAGGGGAGCCCUAAAAUACACCUACACAUCCAGCAUAAUUCUUAAAAGCAUUCUUGAAGCUGGUUUUCUGAUAGGUCAGUGGUACCUCUAUGGCUUUGUGAUGCCUCCAAUCUAUGUGUGUGAUAGAGAACCUUGUCGUCAUUUUGUAGAUUGCUUUGUAUCACGACCCAUGGAGAAAACUAUCUUUAUCAUAUUUAUGCUGGUGGUAUCUCUUGUCUCUUUGGCACUCAAUUUACUGGAGUUGGCAUGCCUACUUCAUCAAAGCAUAUGCCACAGAAGGAAGAGAUGCUCUUUGAGCACGUGUAAUAAUGACAUCAACAUGAUCCCAACUACAACCUAUAAUCCACCAACUGCACCAACUCAAGAAAGUCCAUGUCUCUACUUUCCUAUGGCUAAGGACCACCAUCUUCCAUGGCCAGCUUACAAAAUGACAAAUGAACAAAACUGGACAAAUUACAACACAGAGAAGCAGUUGGCCUCAAGUUCAGAUCUCCAAACAAGUGGGAAACAGAGUACUUGUGUUGCUCAUUCUGUGUCUACAUCUAGUAGGUUAAGCAGUGAUGCAUCCAAAAAACAAUAUGUUUAA